GUGCACUGAGCGACUACUCUGCGGGGCUCCCGUACAGAGGAUGGAGAAUGGGGGCUCCCAGUCCAAAGAGCACGCCGGGUGGGCGGAGCCUGCAGCAGUGCAUACACUUGGUGGGCUUCUUGACAUGCCCAGGUGCUGGAAAGAGAGUCCAUUUUCAGCACUAGGCUGGCUGACUGGCGCAGAGGCUAAGGGACCUCUUUGGUGUAAGCAUGAUCGUGCCACUACUGAACCAUCAUAUGAAAUCACUGGGAGCCAGUCCAACUACAGCAGGUAUAAUAGGUUCCUGCUAUGGUAUUCUUCAACUCUUUUCUAGCUCAAUUGUAGGGAGUUGGAGUGAUCUAGUUGGAAGAAGGUAUGCACUGCUUACCUGUAUUCUUAUCAGUGCACUUGGAUAUGGUCUUCUUGGGCUUUCCAUUAACAUAUACAUAUAUGCACUCGCUAGAAUACCUGUGGGGAUUUUUAAACAUUCACUUUCCAUUUCAAAAGCAUUCCUCUCUGACCUUGUGCCUGAGAAAGAGCGCCCCCAUGUCAUGGGAAGAUUUAAUUCAGCUUCGAGCAUGGGUUUUAUCCUGGGACCUGUUGUAGGUGGUUACCUUACAGAGUUGCCAAGUGGUUUUUAUAUUACCUCUCUCCUUUGUACAUGUAUAUUCAUUAUCAAUGCAGGUCUUGUUUGGAUGAUGCCACGGACUAUGGACAAAGUGAACAUUGUUAUACCUAGCAGCCGUCUGAGCUUACACAAUAACCUGAUAUCUAAAUCUGAUAAUACAAUCCACGCAUCAAAGGAUCUCAAUGGCGUAAUUCCUACCAGAUCUGCACAGACUUUGUGGGCACAGAUUGUAUCUGUUUUUAAGAAAGUCACAGGUGUGGCUUUUUCUCAGAUGUGGGACAUAUUUUUGGUUCGUCUGCUUAUAGCAGUCGCUGUGAUGCUGUAUUACAGCAACUUUGCUUUGGCAAUGGAAGAAAGGUUCCAUAUGACUCCGCGGAUGACUGGUUAUUUAAUAAGUUAUGGCAGCACUCUUGGAGCUCUUGCUGGUUUUUCACUUGGACCACUUUCUAGACUUUAUCAAUAUAAUAGUUACACAAUGUUGUUACAUUCCAGUGUUCUUACUUUCUUUUCCAUUCUGUUGUAUUCUGUGGCACCCAAAAUGUGGAUAGUAAUAUUAUCUUCGACAUUCUUGGCUUUUUCCACAAGUAUAGGGAGAACAUGCAUUGUGGAUCUAGAACUCACACUAGGUCACAAGCAUGGAAGCGGUACUCUUAUAGGUGUUGGGCAAUCUGUGACAUCAGUGGGACGUAUACUUGUACCCCUUUUCUCAGGAAUUGCACAGGAAUAUAGCCCUUGUGGUCCGCCACAGCUUGGUGCUGUCUUAGCAUUAGCAUCUAUAUUUUUAAUGUACAAAAGUAAAUCACAUUAUGAUGGGUCAGCUCUAAGCAAACAGAAAAGGGAAUAAAUAGCCCUUCUUUGAUGUAGGGACAUGAUGGAAAUGUAUUGAAUUUUAACUAGGGGCAUGUGCAAUAACUACUGAUAUCUAUAGAGUAAAACACAAAAUGCUGUCUCUUUAAAAGCCAUGACUUGUACUUGAGGCUAAGCUACUGAUGUAAAGAUUUUAAUGUAACACUUUACUGAUUGUAACCAACAGGAUCAUGGCCGUUCUGCUGUUCAGUCUCCUUAAUAUGGUUAAUUCUCAGUAGGCUGGAAUUGCCUGGAAAUGGCUUUAGCGCAUGUAGCCAUAGUUUAAGUGCCUCUUUAGAAGCAGAUUUGCUCGAAAAUUUAUUGCAGUUAAAUAGGAUAUAUUACAAAAGUAGACACAUUUUUAGUGAGAUGAGUUUAUAUUAAAAUUGAUAUCUUGGCUGUGGGCAAACUGGGUUAUUAUGCCAUGGUCAUUUGUUUAACAUUAAAGGGGUGUUUCCAUCAUAAAAUGUAACAACAUUGAUGGGGGUAUGACUUCUGGGAACCUUGCUGAUCCAGAGAGCAUGAUGGGCAGUGGUCCUUCAGCUUUUAUCCUGGACAUUGGCUCUAAUUGUCACCCACUAUGCAGACAGUCUCAGCACUGUCCCAUUCUACUAAACUGGUCUGUGCUGUAGUGUUAUCUAAUGUGUAAGCUACCUUAUUUAAAAAAAAAAAGAGUCUAAAACAUACUAUUUCGUAUGUCCUAUUACGCAACAUUCAUAAUGAAUCAAAAUGUGUUUGAGAAACAGAAACCGGAUAGUCAACUAAAGUAUGGGGGCUUUACAUCUGUACAGACAGUGGUGCACACACAGGGGGCUCACCCCCUUUUCCCACCUUUCCCCUACUACUGCUACUGCAUUGGGUCCAAAAAGCAUCAGUGUCAAACACAGUGUUGUGCCAUAGGCACUUGAAAAAAAAAGUCUUUGAGAUUGGCAAGUAUAUCAUGCCACCAACCUCAUACCAUGGUACCAGGCCUCCCCUCUCCGCACACACACAACAAACAUUAAAAUUUUGAGGGGAUUUUUAUUGACACGUCACUAAACUAUGUUUUUAGCAAUCAUUACUAGAAUUUAUUACAGUAAAAUUUACCUUAGUGGUUUUGUGGAUCUGGUCUGCACAGAUGUUUUACUUAAUAUUUUAAACGGUUUUAACCCAAUGUUACAAUGUAUGGAGGUGUAUUUUGUUUGGUCUAUUCACACUGCAGUGUACAUUACAGUUAUACAUGUAACUGUCCUAUAACUGACCUGUAGACGCAGUUCAUAGGAAUUGUUUUGCUGGAUACUUCUAUAUGGAAUAGCAGUACAGAUUUCUCAGCUCUGUAUAGUUUUAAUUAUGUAUUCCAACAUGUAAUAGCCCAACAAAUGCCAAAAGUACACUCUUUUGGUAUCCAUCAGGGGAAUGGAACAUUAAUAAACAUUAGUAAUAUGCUUUUGCCACAAGAGAUUCAAGUUACACUUAUGCGCUUUCCCAGUGCAUACACCAAAUGGACACUACAGAUGCAAUGUGAAUAGACCCUUUCCAACGUGUGUGGGUGGCUUAGCUUAGAUUUGUUUUAUAUACAUUGCCUUCGUUUUAGUAUAGGGUUUUACCGUGGGCACUGUGAAUUAAUACAGGAAAAAGUAAUCUCUCCCAGAGUGUAUGUAUCUUGAAAGGCUUCUUUUUAGUUUCAGUAAGGCCCCAUUGCGUGCACUGAUGCACAAUGUAAAUGAGCACCGAUCUUGUAGAUCAGCGCUUGUGUACAGAGACUAUUACAAGGCUCCACCACAGCAAGGAUAGGUCUGCACAAACUAAUGCAGAAUCGUUCGCCAUUAAAACUUUUUUUUUCAUAAUUCUUAAAAGUGGUACGGCACACAAGUGUGUCCAGCGGAUUACGGGUUUUUGAUGGCUUUCAAGUACAUGUGCUGAAAUGCAUCCAGAACCUUUACCCCGCUGGACAUACCACUUUUUAGAAUUAUGAAAUAAAGAAGCAAGUUUAAUGGCAUGCUGGAUCAACUUCUUUUCCUUUAUACUACGUGAUUCGCACCAAGCCAGUGUGGAUCUGAGUACCUGUUUCUACUACAGAUGUGAGAUGAAAGUUUGCACUAUAUUACUGCUUCAAGAACAUCAUGGCCGACGAUAAGCUGAGCGGCAGUGUGAUACAUUUCUGCUCAGCCUACUUACCUUUACUCUUUCAGCAGCAGGAGUAAAAAAUAAGCACAAGGUUAGAUAGGGCUUCUCACCUUCUCAGGAUUCCAGAAAUACCUUUUUUUUAUUUAUUUAUUUAUUUUAAUCAGGCUAAAGUGUCCAGUAGGCAUUCCCUAGCACAGAAAGAGCCCAGGAUAAGCCAGCCCAACUCUGCUUAUUCAUUGCCAGUGGGCACAGAGGUGGUGGACAAGAGAUGAUGGGCUGGCUAACCCUGGACUGUUACCUUGUUGGAAAAUGCCCACUGGGCACUGGAGCCUUAUUUGUAUAGUAACAAAAAUGUCUUAUGUCUCUUUGCUGAAAAAGGACUACCGUAUUUUUUUGCCGUAUAAGACACACUUUUUCUUCCCCAAAACUGGGGGGGAAAAGUCGGUGCGUCUUAUACGGCGAAUACAGCCCUAUCACGGCGGUCCCUGCGGCCAUCAAUGGCCGGAACCCACGGCUAAUACAGGACAUCACCGAUCGCGGUGAUGCCCUGUAUUAACCAUUCAGGCGCGGCGAUCAAAGCUGACCGCCACGUCUGAAGGGAAAGUGACACUAACCCGGCUGUUCAGUCGGGCUGUUCGGGACCGCCGCGAUUUCACCGCGGCGGUCCCGAACAGCCCGACUGAAUAGCCGUUUUAGUGCUUACAGGACACCGGGGGGACCUUACCUGCCUCCUCGGUGUCUUCUCCGUUCAGGGAUCCCCUGUAUGGCCGGCGCUCUCCUUCCUCGUCAUCACGUCGUCGCGUACGUGCGUCGGCGUGCGUAACGACGUGAUGGCGGCGACGGAGAGCGAGGAUACCCGGCCGGCAGCAGAGACAUUCAGCAGCAGGCCGGCAGCAGAGUGACGGGGACACGGCGACAGCGAUGGAGCGACAUCCAGGGCAGCGGUGACGGGUCCGGAGCGGCGGGCACACGUGAGUAUUACCUCCUAUGCAGUGGUCUUCAAUCUGCGGACCUCCAGAUGUUGCAAAACUACAACUCCCAGCAUGCUUGGACAGCCGUUGGCUGUCCGGGCAUGCUGGGAGUUGUAGUUUUGCAACAUCUGGAGGUCCACAGGUUGAAGACCACUAUUGGGUUCAAAAUCUUAAAUUUUUUAGAUUUUGCACCUAAAAAUAGGGUGCGUCUUAUACGCCGGUGCGUCCUAUAGGGAGAAAAAUACGGUAUAUAGAUAAAGAAGUAUGCACAAAAUUCUAAUGAGAAGCCAUAUCUAGCCAUUAGCUUAGUUUUAUCCCUGUGAGUUCUGACUGGACUGCUUUAAAUAUAUUAAUUCCUAAAAGUACAGUUUUGGAAGUUUGAGAUGUAGAAGGUUUAGUGGUAGAAGACUAUUGGAAUUCUUAAAAUCCUGUACUUAUAGCCCUGUCAUAAACUAGAACAAUGUAGUGUGAUCUGCAAACAAAUAAGUUAUCAGAGAAUAGUGAAGGGGAAUGAACUGCAAUAUUGCACACAUUCUAUGGAGGUUCCUUCAUGCUUGGUCUCCUGUGUUUCAAACUGUACAACCCCCUUCUUCAUCAAGGUAAAGUAAUAAUGGAGUAAUUCAUUGCAUUUGCAAGAACAUUUAUGUCGUUUAAAAAUAGGGAAUGUUAUAUAGCAUGUGUAUUCCAAAUCCCCCACUAGAUGGUGCUAUAACACCUACUAAUAAUGUUUAAUCCUCUAGUUAUAUUUAUGACAAAGAAGAGGUUUGGUUUGAAAUCCCAAACCACUAUCAGGUAUCACGUCUACUUGCAUUUACCUAUUAGAAUAUGUCAACAAUAUUUUGAGUCUUUGAAUAAGUUAUGUGGUGUAAUUUAUUUCCAUUACUUCAUAUUCUGCAGAAUAAAUUAUGGAUGUGGUGUACAGCUAA